AUGCUUUCCACCUACACCGCCGCGAAGCAAGAACCUGAAAGUGCUUUCGACUUGAAAUGCCGGAAUUGGCUUGAAGCGAAACACGCUGAGGCUGCAAAACUUGUCGAAGAAUAUCGCAAGCAGUGUUCAAACCCGAAUACUCCUGUUCCCCCUCCACCGCGUCUUGUUAAAGUUAUCAAAUCGAAAACUCCUACCACAUUUAACCCCACCAUCACCUCGAGGAGAAUAGCUGCAGAUGCAGUUUAUCCACGGAAUGAGACCACUGCAAAUUUUGAACAGUCACAAGUGAGUCGUGCCAAUGACUUGCUUAUGCUCCAAAGACUGAUUCCCGAAACAGCUUGGAUGAGAGAAACAUUGGAUUUUGGUUACAAAAUUCGAGAUUUAGAGAAGUGGAAGAAUAAGAUUUUGGAAUCGAUGAGCGUAGAUGCUCCUAUGCUUCCCAAGAUGGAUCGGAAUCAAACCAUUGUUGAUGGGACUGAUAAGGACAGUGAGGUUCCAGAAUCGAAUGCUGCUGUUGUUGGUGAAAUUGGUAACGCUACAGGAAUCUUGAUAGAAAAAAAUUUGGAACCUGACAACAACGAACCACCUGUGCUUGACAAUGGAGAACCUACUAGUAAUCGUGCACAUAUUACAGAUGCCACAAAUGAAAUUGAUGGAGAGGAUGUCUUAAGUCCCAUUGGUGCAGAUAGUGUAUGGAUUACUGGAGAAUGCAUUGCUGCUGAAGAGGCUCUUUUGAAAGAAUUGGAGAAUUUACUGAAAAAACCAGAGCUUAAAACUGAGGCAGUCGGUGAUUGUGCACAUACUACGGGUGACUCAAAUGAAAUUGAAAGAGGAGGUACUGUACCUUCCAAUGGUGCAAAUGUUGAAUGUGCUGCAGAAAAUUUAGAAAUCACCCAUGAACAUUCCGUUGGAAGAUUAGUUUCCAAUAUCGAUUCUCCCGUAAGUAAUGAAAAUAAAUUAGCCCCGAACAGUGCAGUGUGGCCCAAUUGGGGAAAGCACUUGAAACCGAAAUGGUCAGAAUUCACUGAUACUUUGAGAACCAAGUUUGCGUCAAAGAACAGAGGAAGCAGUGUCGAUGAAAUGCCAGAAAUGAGAAACGCUGGCAAACCUGCUGUCACUCUGAGACCUCGAUUGAAUAAGAGGGUUAAAGCUUUGUUCUUGAAAAGGGGAAAAAGAUCCAAGCUUGUUUCCAAUGGUGAUAAAUCUGUGUUAUUUGAAGCCGAAGUUUACUACCAAGGUGGUUCAGAAGAAGAAGCGCAAGAAUUGAUCACUGCUGGUGGUGCUAAGCCUGUUGAGCCUGUUGAGCCUGUUGAGCCUGUUGAGCCUGUCGAGCCUGUUGAGCCUGUUGAGCCUGUUGAGCCUGUUGAGCCUGUUGAGCCUGUUGAGCCUGUUGAGCCUGUUGAGCCUGUUGAGCCUGUUGAGCCUGUUGAGCCUGUUGAAGCUAAUGACUCCGAUGAUGUUGCUGGUACUAUUGACCCAGAUGUGAAAAGUGAGGCCAUAAACGUGCCAAGGACCAAUGUUGUUGAAGGUCCACUCCAGAUUCGGAAUUCAGAAGAUGCUAUUGCUGCUGCCUUUGAUUAUUUUGAUAGGUGUCAUGGCGAAGUGAACGGGAAUGUGACAACUAAAAAUAAUGCAGUGCCAAAUAGUGACCAUUUAGAACAACUGUGUCCAAUUGGAGAUCCCGAGGAAGCUGUUGAAUCUGAAGCUCCACUUCUUUAUAAUUGUCGCAAUAGUGGAGCUGACUGUCAUGUGACAUCUGAAGGUGAUGAUGCACCAAGUUUCCAGCAUGAAGAAGUACCAGUUGAAAAUGAACACCUUGAAAACUCUGCUGCUGGAGCCUCAGUUAGUGAUCCUUUGUCAUUAGAAGCUCAUAAUGGAAAACCUAGCAGACAGGACCUUACCCCACUGAAGACCAAGAAACUUAAAGUCAAGAUGUUCUUUAGGAAACUUGUCGAGCUGUUGAAAAAUCAUUGGCGUGCUGUGGAUAGGGCCCUGAAAUCCAUCAACAUUGAAACUCCUGAUACUGGACUGGGCAACGAAGGUGCAACUAGAGGUGCGAAAGAUGCUUCCAAGAAACUGAAACGCCGCAGUUGUAAAAAGAGAAAACGUGGUAAGCGAUCAUCAUCAAGCGCUAAUGUGCCAAGUCUGAGAGAACCAGUCGUGAAUGAUGUAUACACCAAUAGUGAUGAAGCGACUCCCAGGUUUGGUCAAGAGUUUUGUGCCAUUUGGAAUGUGGAUGAUCGUGUUUCGGAGGAAGUUACUGAUCGUGUCCGCGAACAUGAAAACCAGGUUGUGAAUGAUGAUCCCGGUAAUGCUGCUAUUGAGAGUGCUCGUGUUUCUAAUGAAGAAGCGGAACAAAAGAGUAUUGACGUGGUCCAUCCAGCUCUGAAUUCCGAUGUUGGCAGGUUUGAUGUUGAAAAUGCAAUGCUACCAAAUUCGGCAAUUAAUGGAGUUGACGAAGAGAACCCAACUCCGAUUGAUGAGAUAAAUGUUUCUGGCGUUGAUUCUGUUCAUGCUGUUGCUGAACCUCAUUCCAAAGAGGAAAAUCCAGAAGAUUUUACUAAUUAUCGCCCCGCAUCAAGUAAUGGGACUUUAGAAAUUGAUCCAUUGGAUAGCCAGUUCUUUGGUGCUCGUGGAUGGCUCCCUAUGGAGAAGGAAAAGCAAAGGGAGCGUAUGAGGAGCAAACUUGGAGAAGUGAGGAUGAUGAUUGCACGUGUACUCAAGCGUGGUUCAAAGUCAAAGAGAGAUAAAGAGAUUGACGAGGGCUACCAAGCUAAGCUUCGAAGAACUGAACCUCCAGGUCAUUGGGUUGCACACCCUGGAAGGGGUUUAAUUUGGACGGUUGAAGGUGCUGAUGAGAACUCAAGAACAACAGAGGUUGCAAAUGAAGGAAACUAG